AAAAAAGAAAAAAAGAAAAAAGAAAUCGACAUGUCGACCUGUGUUAUUAUGUCCAGCACGAUUUAAUGCGGUAUGUAGUUCAUCAGCAAUCGAGUGGCGGUAACAAAGACGUCGACGUGUACAGCAAAGCAGUCGAAUCGUAACUAUCGAAACCAACCAUCGCUAUUCGAGCUCCGACGCCUUCGCUUCGGAACAUUUUCGUCAUUUCCGAUUCCAUCUCGUUCGGUGUCUCUGAUUCUCACAGCUCCAGUAUUGUAUGAACUAAGAAGCUGAUCAUGGACGCCGCCAAGGAAGAGUUUCUCAAGGAGUUCGGUCGAGAUUACGGCUAUUCUGGCGCUCCUAAGACAAUUGAUGAAAUUCGAGCCACUGAGUUUAAGCGCCUAGAAGGUGUUGCAUAUUUGGACCAUGCAGCAGCAACUCUGUAUUCCGAGCUACAGAUGGAAGCGAUCCUUAAAGAUCUAACUGCUAAUAUCUAUGGAAAUCCUCAUAGCCAAAGUGAUUCUAGCUUUGCCACUUCUGACAUUGUAAGGAAUGCUCGCCAACAGGUCCUUGACUAUUUCAAAGCAUCUCCUAAAGACUACAAAUGCAUAUUUACUUCUGGUGCAACAGCAGCACUAAAAUUAGUUGGCGAAGCUUUCCCAUGGAGUCACCAAAGCAACUUUGUGUACACAAUGGAGAAUCAUAACAGUGUUAUUGGAAUCAGGGAAUAUGCUCUUGAACAAGGAGCUCAAGCUUAUGCCAUAGAAAUUGAAGAUACAGAACGAGAUGCAUUCACAGGAAAUAUUGCGUCUGUGCAAGUAACGAAGCACCAGAUGCUAAGGAGAAAUGAAGCCAAGUUUCUGGCUAAAAAUCAUACAGGUAGCGCGUAUAAUUUGUUUGCCUUCCCUUCAGAGUGCAAUUUCUCUGGUUUAAAAUUUAGUCUUGAAUUGGUGAAGACUGUGAAGGAAGAUUCGAUUAGAUACUCUGAUGGCUCUCCAUCUUCUAAUGGACACUGGAAGGUUUUAAUAGAUGCUGCAAAAGGAUGUGCGACAGAACCACCAGAUUUAUCGAAGUAUCCUGCUGAUUUUGUUGUCUUCUCUUUCUAUAAGCUGUUUGGGUAUCCAACUGGACUUGGAGCUCUCAUUGUUCAUACUGAUGCUGCCAAGUUGUUGAAGAAAACUUACUUUAGUGGAGGCACGGUUGCAGCUUCAAUUGCUGACAUUGACUUUGUCAAGCAACGAGAGGGCAUCGAGGAACUCUUUGAAGAUGGUACAAUCCCAUUUCUGAGCAUAGCGUCUCUAUGCCAUGGGUUCAAAAUUUUAAAUUCUCUAACUAUACCUGCAAUAUCUCGGCAUACCUCAUCCCUUGCCACAUACUUGAGGAACGUACUUGCGGCUUUGAGACAUGAAAACGGAACAAGGGUAUGCACUCUCUAUGGAAGUUGCUCUUCCAAGACACUAUGUAACAAAAUGGGUCCUUUAGUCUCAUUCAACUUGAGACGACCGGAUGGAUCUUGGGUUGGUCAUCGCGAAGUGGAAAAACUGGCCUCUUUGUAUUCGAUUCAGUUAAGGACAGGAUGUUUUUGUAAUCCGGGUGCCUGUGCAAAGUAUCUUGAUCUAUCUCAUUUGGAUCUUGUUACAAAUAUUGAGGCAGGCCAUAUCUGCUGGGAUGAUAAUGAUAUAAUUAACGGAAAACCAUCUGGUGCAGUGAGGGUAUCCUUGGGGUACAUGUCAACGUAUGAAGAUGUCAAGCAGAAAUUCAUUGAUUUUGUGACAAGUUCCUUUGUCUCGAUGCCAACUCAUUCUAGAGAUUUACAAUUUUGCGGAAGGUCCAUCCCUUUCACUGACACAGGUUUUGAGAGCAGAUAUUCAGCUUUUGGAGUUGACCUCAAGUCUAUUACUGUCUAUCCAAUAAAAUCGUGUGCAGGAUUCAGCACAGAUAGAUGGCCGUUAAGCAGUCGAGGGCUUCUUUAUGAUCGGGAGUGGCUACUUCAAAGCCUGACUGGUGAAACUCUUACACAGAAGAAGGUUCCGGAAAUGUGUCUUAUACAUACUUAUAUCGACCUCAGUCAGGGAAUAUUGUUUAUCAACUCCCCACGUUGCAAAGAGGGACUGCAGAUCAUCUUGAAUUCAAAUUCUAGCAAUGGAAAGAGAGAAGAAAUAAGUUUGCGUGGUCAGAUAUAUCAAGUCCAGGGUUAUGACAAGGAAGUUGAUACUUGGUUUAGUGCUGCUAUUGGUCGACCAUGUACUUUGUUGCGCCAUUUAAGUUCCAGUCAUUGUGUCAGCUUGGAUGAAAGAGACAGUGUUGGUACCUGUCGAGAAUCACGAACUUGCUUGAAUUUUUCCAAUGAAGCACAGUUCUUGUUGAUAUCCGAGGAGAGUGUAUCAGACCUCAAUAACAGAUUGAAUUCAACAGAUGUUGGAAAGGACGUUCGUAGAACAUCAGUUCAAGUUAAUCCUAUGAGGUUCCGGCCAAAUCUUGUCAUAUCUGGUGGCAGACCUUACGCUGAAGAUGAGUGGAUAAAUAUUAAAAUUGGCAACAAGUCCUUCAGAUCUUUAGGUGGAUGCAACCGUUGCCAGAUGAUCAAUUUUGCAACCGACGCUGAACAGGUCCUGAAGACAAAUGAACCUUUAUCUACUUUAGCAUCUUAUCGGAGGGUGAAGCAGGGGAAGAUUUUAUUUGGGAUACUGCUGAGAUAUGAAUGUGAGGCCGAAGAAGGAAACAGCAAUAACUCGUGGCUUCAGGUGGGAGAAAGUAUAAUCCCAGAUUCUAAGCAGCUUGGAGACACACGUCGUAUACAUGCCGACAUGGUAGUGUGUCAAGUAGGGAAGUCUUCUCGCUAAGCAUGGCUGAAGAUUAGUUGAAGUAUUCAGGUGUAGAGAAAUCCUAAAAAAUAAUGCAGUUAUCUUGGAGACGGAACAACUCCCUUAGUAUUAAAAAAGACACCAAUUUGAUGGUCAUAAAAGAUGGACAUUUCUCUACAAAUAUUGGUAUUCAACAUUCCUCUUUUAAUUUCUAUUAGAGGAAGAUGGCCUGCUCGCCUUCCAUCACAAGUUCUGACGCUGAACUUCAAGAAUAAGGAUGACGAUGUAAGCCUUUCUUAAACAAUGUAUUUAUUACUAUUUUAUGUUUUAUUAAAGGUUUGAAUUCACAAAAGUA